UCCGGACCGAGGCGGAAGUGGCGACAGGGGGCUUGUGGAGGUGACCGAAUGGAAAGCAGCAGAAUAAUUUUGGAAAUAUAAGAUUAACGCGGGGCAGAAACCAACACAGCAUAACAAUUUUAUCUGGCAGCGUGUAACCCGAGUUAGUCGCUGCCAUGGGAGCUCACAUGGUCAGAAGGUACAUCACGGAGAGGGACACCGAGCCGGACCCCAGUGGGAAUUAUGAGUUCGACCCCAAAUUUGGCUUUCCAGAGAGGGUCGAGAGAGAGAUGGUAGCAACCCAGGAGCAGAUGAACAUGGCCAUGCUGCCUUUGGGACAGAGGGACUACUGUGCGCAGUACCUCUUGAAAUUCCUGAAGUGCAAGAGGGACAACUGGCCCAACAUCCUGGCCUGCAAGCAUGAGAGACAUGACUGGGACUACUGCGAACACGUAGACUAUGUGAUGCGUAUGAAGGAGUACGAGAGAGAGAGGAGACUCCAGCUGAGGAAGAAGAGAGUCGCGGCUAAGGCUGAAGCUGAAGCUGCAUGAUCAGGGCAUCUGAUGCUUCUUCUCUGUAUAUAUACACGCCGCUGUUCACAAUAAACAAUAUUGUUUAAGCUCUAUAA